AAAUGGGUUGAAAAUUGAAUUAGGAUUAGAUUAUACUGAACUGGGUUGAGGCUCGCCGAGUUGAACCCCGACCUUUCUCUGGACUCGUCGUCCGAUUGGGAAGCAGUCUCUUUCUCACAAUGGUUUCAGCAAAUUAGGGUUUUGUAGCUUUGUUUCCUGAAAUCAAAAAAAAUGGCGACAAUGAAAACAAUCUCAGCAGCUCUGAAGCUCAUCGACGCUAAGAAAGAGAAGCUCCGAAAGGCCUUCGAAGACCUUCAAUCUCACUCUUCUUCUCUCUCUUCCUUCACUCUCACAUGGUCCGACCUCGACUCCCACUUCACCACCCUCCAAUCCUCCCUCGAACACCGAUUCAAACUCCUCCAAUCCCAACCCCAAUCCCAUCCAUCGCCCCAACCGCAACCCCCAUCUUCUUCUGCGAUCGUCCCCAAGGACUCGUCCGACUCGGGCUUCGCUCUGGCUCGCCCCGAGUUGAAAUCGUUCUGCGAGAAGAUGGACGGGUUGGGUUUGAGGAAGUACAUCGCCGAUCGUCCCAAUGAACGGUCCGUCAUUAGGGUUGAAUUGCCCGACGCGCUGCGGUGCGCGCCGGACGCCCCGGUGAUGGUUCUGGAUGCGAUGGAGGGGUUCUACAAGCCCGUUUCGGAGGGCGCUAAGAAUAUGAAGUAUGGUGACUCGGGUGGUGUGAAGAGGAGCUGUCUGGCGCUGUUGGAGGGUCUGAUGGGGUUGGAGCCGGAGAUUAAGGCGGAGGUGAAGGCGAGGGCGAUGAAUUUGGCGGUGGAGUGGAAGAAGAAGGCGAGGACUAAUGAGAAGAAUGUGUUGGAGGCAUUGGGGUUUUUGCAUCUCUUGGCAACCUAUGGAUUGGUGGAUGGUUUUAAAAGGGAGGAGCUUUUUGAUUUUGCUUUCGCUAUUGCCACGUACAAACAAGCCAUCACGUUGUAUGGAGUGCUCGGGUUCACGGAUAUGAUCCCCGAUCUCAUUCAAAAACUUAUUGAUAAGGGAAAACAACUUCUCGCCGUCAAAUUUAUUUUUGAGUUCAAGUUGACUGACAAGUUCUCUCCAGUACCCAUCUUAAAAGAAUACGUGAAGGAGGCAAAUAAUCUUGCUCAGAUAAUCCGCAGGGGUAAAAACAAGUCUCUUCAGUUAAUGAAUGAGGCCACAAUGCGAGAAACCGGUGCAUUGAAAUCAGUUAUCAAAGUCAUUGAGGACCACAAUCUUGAAUCCGAGUAUCCAAAGGAAAGCAUUGUAAAGCGUAUUGAGGAGCUAGAAGAGGAAAAGGCAGGAAGGAAACGCCCUGCCCCAAUGCCUCAGCGGCAGCAGUCAAACCAACAGAAGAAGAGUGGUGGAAGCAAGCGCCCUCGAACUACUGCAUCAGCUGGUCCAGCAGCAAUUCCAAAUAGUGUUGCUGAUGGCAAUUCAACUGUACCCACAUUUCAACAACCUAAUCUACAGGCGGCAGGUUUGUUGCCAGAUCAUCCUGCUCCAUUCUUUAGUGCCCCAGCCGGGCCUUAUGGCUUGGCAGGCUCCAAUCUUGCUGUUGCUCCAUUUUCGGGCUCAUUUGAUGGGCAGUAUGGUUUUUCCGGGUCCCCUUUUGGUUUCCCUGGGAACCUACCCCCUAGAGGGUCUCAUCAGUACCCAUCAGAAUUAUACAUGCCACCUGGUUUUGAUGGACCAGUUGCUUAUGGUGGAUAUGGUUUGCCACCACAACACCAUCCUUCUUACCAUCCACAGUAGUUCCUUGUGCGCUUCUGUGGUUGUGGAAUUAUGGCUUCGGAUGAUAGCAUAGCUUUUGCCCAACUAUAUAACACUGGGAUCAGAAAACAUAUUGUGCUUUUUUGAUCACCGUGAUUGUAUCAUGAUGACUGGAUUGGGUGAUUUAAGAUUUUUUGAAUUGUGUGCAUGUCAAGCUCACAUUAUAUGACCUAAACCAAAUUCUUUUUGGUGGUCCAGAUGUUCUUAAAUCAAUCAUGAAAUGUUUCGUGUUAGAUUGUUUAAGGGCUUCUAUAAACUGGAAGCCACAAGGAAGCUUUUCAUUUUUGUUUA